AUGUCAACUGCACCAAAAGUAGGAAAGCCUAUUUCAGAGAAAUUUGUUGAACUAGCCAAGACAUUACAAUUUUCUUGGUUUGCAGGACAUGCUGUUGUAAUUCUAUGUUCAAUUUUUUAUAUUUUAACUGCUAAUGAGAUUCUGUACCGUUUGGCAAUUAUUGGUGUGUUACAAUCAUUUGGUAUUAUUACUUAUCAACAUUUCCAUUUAAAGCCAAAGAGUAAUGAAACUACUAUCAAUUUAGUCAAUUUAUUACAAAAUGAGAAUGUAUUAUAUUUCAGUUUGGCUUUAGUUUGGCUAGUUACUCCAAGGUUUACAUAUUCAUUAGUACCAUAUGUUAUCUUUUCAUUGUUUCAUUCUAUCAACUAUAUGAAAAAUGUUUUACUACCACAAGUAUUUGGAAUGACAAGUGAAACAAGCAAAGUAGUUGCCAGAAUGGACAAGUUUGUCACUGAUUAUAAUGAUAAAUGUAUGCAUUGGGUCGGAUCAUCUGAACUUUCAUUAUUGGUUCUUGUUAUAUUGAGAACGAUUUUAUUCUAUCCAAAAUCAUUGAUCAUGUUGAUCGUAUACUCACUAUUUAUCAAGAUAAGAUAUGAAAACUCCAAAUACAUGAAGACAAUUUUUGCUCAAUGGAGAGUAAGAUUAGAUGGUGUAUUCAGCCAUCCAUCUAUUCCUCCUCAAAUCAAAUUAUGGUACAGUAAGGGUAAAUUAGCUUUAAUCAAUUUAUCAAAAUACAGUAUCUCAAAACCAAUAGUACAAGAAGCCAAAAAAAAUUAA